GAGACGACCACUUCGCUCUUCAUCUAGUCGGCCAAUCGUAUUGUAUGUCACUCGAAGACUUGCGAUAAGCGCAGGAUAAUGAUCCUUGGGGUCGCACAUUUUCCCGAAACAGCCAGUCUCGCCAUAACAGUGGUGGCUGUUGGUGAGCGUGCGACGCCCGCAGGCAUGUGCACCCGACCCGAGAACUCCGCCUGGACUGUCGACGACAAGCAUCACCCUGAGCCAAACACCGACAUCCGACCGUCAGGGGACUGCUUUUUGGUUGACGCGACCCUAUAAAUGCUUCGGCGCAGACGCGUGCGACUGCGCACCCGCCACUGAAGGACGAAAAUGCCCGACGGUCUGCUGCAAUCGUUUCCUUCUGGAUUGCGUUAAAAUAUCAGGUAUUUUUCUGGGUUAAAAUCUCGCCCUUGAUAAGGUCGCCUUACGGCUACUUAGCAGCUUAACAACUUAACGAGAUUCAGAAAAGGAAUUACUUAUACAAAAAUGUAUAUAAUAGCAAAUUUAUCAUUAUUAAGCUUUAUAGCUUUAACAGCUGCAACUGAUAUAAACAUUUACUCGUUACAAGUGUUUGCUAUACCGAUUGUACCGCAAUAUUUCAAUUGGACUUCCGAUAAUGGAAGAAAUGAAUACCGAUAUGAAGCAAAUUUACUCGACUCACCGGAUCUACCGUCGUGGAUUCAUUAUACUUAUAGUAAAAGGACGUAUCGUGGAUAUUUGUAUGGAGUUGCACCAAAAGAUCAGAAAAACUUUAAAUUACAAAUUACUGCUCUAAAUAAUAAAACCUAUGAAACUAGAGAAAAAAUACUAGAAGUCACAGUGUCAGAUAAUGACAGUAUCUCAAAGUUCCAAAUCCAAUUGAAAGUUAAUAAUUGGAAUGUAGAAGAUAUGUUUGAUCAUAAUAGAACUGAUACGCUUUUUGAGGUAUUAAGAAAAAAUGUCUGGAAAAAUGCUACAGAUCUACAGCUGACUUUUUUGGCACCAGCAAUAGAAUUGGGUGCACGUUAUCCCUUGAAACCUGGUGGAGAUGUAGGGACAGUUUUAAGGUUGGGUAGUUCUAUACCAUUUUCAAUUGAUUUACAAAAUCUUGAAAAGGAAUUAGAACCGACAAUGAAAAAGUUCACUACUUGUGAUUUUAAGAAAGUAUCUUUUGACCGAUUCUUUUUUGGCUUUGAAUUUGACUGGUGUUAUUUUAGAUUGAUCGAGGUAAGCUAUGGAUUAGAGGAAGAGAGUGGACGUCGGGACAUGAACGCGAGCAUAAUCGGUUUGCCACCCGCGUCCUCAACUUUAAGCAGUGAAUUCGAGCAUUCCGAGUGGCGUUGGACCCGUCCUUACAAGUCCCGGAUGCCGAUACGGAGCUAUCGCCGUGAAAUUUUCACAAGUGUUUUCGUGCCGGCCCUUCUUCUUAUGUUGCUGGUCGGCCUUCUCAGCGCUACUCUUUGCCUCCAUCACGACCAACUAAUCACUGGGAAUAAUAAAAGAAGCUCUGCAUUACUUAAAGAAAAUAAUGGAACAAAUGGAGUUCAAAUGAUACAAUAUGCAACUACAUCAACUAACAGAGGUACAUUUCGGUCACUCUCAGGUCCUCAAUCUUGUUGUAGUCCAACACUGAGUGAUUCGCAAUCAAUUAAUCGUAGUCCCAGAACUACAAAAGAUAAUAUCAAUAUAUACGUUCGUCCUAAUCCACCACCGUACAUAACCCCAAAUAACUUUGGUGGCACUGGUAUUCGAGCUGAUUUUUGACUACACGAGAAGCCGAUUGAAACAUGGUUUUGUUAAAGAAACAGAUGUAAUUCAUGCUGACUUUAAAUCGAGAUAAUAUAUCACCAUUGAAUUUCAUGCAUGCAGAUCUAUUAUGCUUUUAAAUUUUUGUAAUAAAUCUUUUAUAUCAGAGAA